AUGAAGGAGUUCGCGAAGUCUCUCGGCAAGGUUGCCAAAUCCGCCGGCGACGCAGCGGCCAGGACUCUCAGGACCAAGGUGGAGGAGGCGCAGGACCAGGAGCGCCCAGGCGACCUCGGCGGGCUGGCCGCCUGCGCAGGCACGAGCGCCGGCGAGCUGCCCGACAGUGUGACCGUCAUGGUGGGCUGCUGGAACGUGUUCGCGAGCGCGAUCUCCGACGACGACGGCCUGGACGAGUGGCUCCUGGCUGGGGGCGCGUGCGGCCCCCCCGACGUGCUGGCGCUCGGCUUCCAGGAGGUCAUCGACCUGCACCCGGCAAACUGCGUGCUGAAGAUGGGCGGCGACUACGAGCGAGAGGAUCUCAUUGAUGCCAAGCUCACCAGUUACCUCCAGAAGCACGGCAAGUACGUCAAGGCCAGGAGCGGGGGCGCGGUGGCGGAUACUUGGUCUGCUUCGUGA